GUCGCAGUUGUCGCAACCAAGAGACGCGGAGGAGAUCUGAGAUCGGAGAUCGCAGAUCUGGGAUUCGGUAGCGGGCUCGGUCAAUCCGGAGUAUAGUAGUGCGUCCCUGGCCACGGUUUAAAUAUAUUAUUGUGUUUACCGUAACUACUUUACUAGAACAUUAAACGCAUCAUACACGACCAACUAAACAAUAGAGUCCAAGAGUGCAAUUUCUGUCUGUGAUUAGAAGUUUCUAUUGUUUUCCCCGCACCAGAAACUACGAUUAUCGAAAGCUUUAAAUAAUAGCAACAUUCAAUGUGCAAUGUAACGUGCGAAGUGAUGCAACAUUUAAAUAUCUGUAAAAAAUUGGCAAAUUGGACAGCGAAGCAUUUCAAAUGACAAUGCCACCUAAAAUUUCUACAAGUCGGAUCUAGCCUGCUGUGGAUACAAACUAAUUGGAUUUCAGAGAACCAUUUAAGUGCGCCCCAUGGUAAUGGCCGUGAUACUCUUGCUGGCCCUGGCACUCGUACUCGGCUGCUACUGCGCUCUCCAUCGGCACAAACUGGCUGAUAUCUACCUCCGGCCGCUGCUGAAGAACACGCUCCUGGAGGACUUCUACCAUGCCGAGCUGAUCCAGCCGGAGGCGCCAAAGAGGCGAAGGCGCGGCAUCUGGGACAUUCCCGGGCCAAAGAGGAUUCCCUUCCUGGGCACCAAGUGGAUAUUCCUGCUCUUCUUUCGCCGCUACAAGAUGACCAAGCUGCACGAGGUAUAUGCGGAUCUGAACAGACAAUAUGGCGACAUAGUGCUGGAGGUGAUGCCCUCCAAUGUGCCCAUAGUGCACCUGUACAAUCGCGAGGAUCUGGAGAAGGUGCUGAAGUACCCCAGCAAAUACCCAUUCCGACCUCCCACCGAGAUCAUCGUGAUGUACCGUCAAUCCCGACCGGAUCGCUAUGCGAGUGUGGGAAUUGUGAACGAGCAGGGACCAAUGUGGCAGCGCCUGCGAUCCUCCCUGACCUCCAGCAUUACUUCUCCCAGGGUCCUGCAGAACUUCCUGCCAGCGCUGAAUGCGGUGUGUGAUGAUUUUAUCGAACUACUGCGAGCUAGGCGGGAUCCGGAUACACUGGUGGUGGCCAAUUUCGAGGAGCUGGCCAAUCUGAUGGGUCUGGAAGCUGUGUGCACCUUGAUGUUGGGCAGAAGGAUGGGUUUUCUGGCUGUCGAUACCAAGCAGCCGCAAAAGAUCAGCCAACUGGCAGCGGCAGUGAAACAGCUUUUCAUCUCCCAAAGGGACUCGUACUACGGUCUGGGUCUGUGGAAAUACUUUCCCACCAAAACCUACAGGGACUUUGCCCGCGCCGAGGACUUGAUCUAUGAUGUGAUCUCCGAGAUCAUCGAUCAUGAGCUGGAGGAGCUCAAGAAGUCGGCUGCCUGCGAGGAUGACGAGGCUGCUGGAUUACGGAGUAUCUUUCUCAACAUUCUGGAGCUUAAGGAUCUGGAUAUCAGGGACAAAAAGUCGGCUAUCAUAGACUUUAUUGCCGCAGGCAUAGAAACGUUAGCUAACACUUUGUUGUUUGUGCUGAGUUCGGUUACCGGAGAUCCUGGGGCCAUGCCCCGCAUCUUGAGUGAAUUCUGCGAGUAUCGGGACACGAAUAUCCUGCAGGAUGCCCUAACGAAUGCCACAUACACAAAGGCCUGCAUACAGGAGUCCUACAGACUGAGGCCCACAGCCUUUUGCCUGGCCAGGAUUCUGGAGGAGGACAUGGAGCUAUCGGGCUACUCGCUCAAUGCAGGCACCGUGGUGCUUUGUCAAAACAUGAUAGCCUGCCACAAGGACAGCAACUUCCAAGGAGCCAAGCAGUUCAGCCCAGAGCGUUGGAUUGAUCCUGCCACGGAGAAUUUCACGGUGAACGUGGACAAUGCCAGUAUUGUGGUGCCCUUCGGAGUGGGUCGGCGAUCGUGUCCAGGAAAGCGGUUUGUGGAAAUGGAGGUGGUGCUGCUGCUAGCAAAGAUGGUCCUAGCCUUUGAUGUGAGCUUUGUGAAACCGCUGGAAACGGAGUUCGAGUUCCUGCUGGCACCCAAAACUCCACUCAGUCUUAGACUCAGCGAUCGGGUUUUCUGAAAAUGGGUGCUGCGGAAAACUGAUCCCCCAACAGUGCCUACCCUCAGGCGUCUUGUAUCAAAUACAACUAGAAUAGCUAAGAACUGAACCAUUAAGUAAAAUUAAUGUAAAAUAUGCUUAGGUUUCUACACAUAUCUGAAUGCAUAUUAAUAUAUGCAUAUCCUUUAUCCCUGAUGAGCCAGCAUCAGCAGCCUAGUCCUGUGAAGCAAUCAAAAAAGAGCUAAACCAAUUAAAAUAAUUUUACAAUUUUAUGCUGACUGGAUGUAAAGUAGAUUAAGUUGUAUAUACAAACGGCAUGUUUUGUUGUAAUUACUUCUUAAUUUUAUUAUUAGUCUUAGCAAAUAACUAGCAGCAAUUGUUUUUGAGAGUUCUGU